UGAUUCGUUGACAUCGUCUUCUGCAAUAUUAACCUUUAUAGAAAAGCAAAAGAAAAUAAACAGUACCUGUAUGUUUUUGAUAAGUAUGAAAAGAAUAUUAAUAAAUGCAGACAUCAUAACGAUAACAGAUUAUAAAAGUAACAAAGGUGCUUCGACGAAGAAGACAAUGUGUAGCCCCGUAACUAGGAAGUAGCGACGGUGGAAAAAAAAUAUAAGUUAUGCCUGCCACACGCCAUAGUCAGACACUAUUAACCCCUUACGUUUUAUUGCCACACAGAUAACCCAAUACAUUUAACUGCCACUAGGCUAUGAGACAUGAUUAAGCCAACAUGUUCCACUGCCACCAGGCUAUGAGACAUGUAAUCUGUACCUGCUGGGAGGAGAACUGUUUGUUCUGUCACAGUUCUAAAGGCUGACAUUACUGCUGGUCUUUGCUAACAGUAGCUGAGGCGCAGUAAGCUUAUUAUAAGUGUAUAUCAGGGCUGACAUUCUUUCCCCUUUAGUCUCAGCAGAGUGUGUUCUGUGUCAUGCACAAGCAAUGUUAGCAUUUAAAUUAUUUCAAGUUAUAAAUGAUCCUCAACAGAAAGAACAGUUGUGUUGUUGCGUGGGACUAGUCCAAGCUGGCACGCGGUUUACUUUCUUUGUGAACUUUUGUGUAUGUGUGUACAAAGCGGGUGGAUUUCCAGUCAAGGGAAUAUACUUCCUUGAGUAUACUUCGUAGCUGCAUUCUUGUAUCGUGUUGGUAUUCUGUCUUGUGACAUUCGAGUGGGCAGUGUUUAUUACUACAACAGGCAUCGUCUAUAUGUUAACUACUACAGAGCGACUGUGUGGUGCGGCACUUACCUUCGACCCAGUGAUCACACACAGCACACAUGUGUGCCACUAACACCGUGUCUGUACCCAAGACUAGAAAGUUUACAAACCUGGGUAGCUCAAGAAGGAAGUACUGGCAGUGAAAAGCUUUGACACACUAAGGCAGGAGAAGCUCGCUGUAUUGCGAGCAAUAAACCUGUUAUGGGGUCGCUGACUUACCCCAUCACGAACAUUUUUAUCUUUGGCCUACUGUUUCUCUUUCUAGGCAUGUCCCAAUCAGCUGUAAUCUCAAGUUGUGGAUUUGAGACGAAUUUGUGCGAGUGGACCAACGCAUCUUGGAGUGAUGGCAGUUGGACAAGGCGGUCGGGCGCAGGCUCAUGGAACACAGGACCGUUGUCAGCAGCUGAGGGUAAAUUUUACAUUGUCAUGGAACCUGCUGCAUUUAAAAAUCCGUCAAAUGGUCAGGUCAUUCCUGGAAAGAAAGUGUCUCUGCUUUCUCCGCCACUGUCCAGUGUUUGCAGCAUCUCAUUUCGUUACAUGAAAUAUGGAUUAAGCAAUGGACCACUUCGCAUCGGACUUUACUAUAACACAACAAAGGUUAACAUAACGGAAAUUCCAGGACUGACUAACAGGACUUGGCUCUGCGCAAAUAUAUCCUUGCAUCAAGCAAGACAGAAUGUUCAGGUAUUUGUUGAGGCAGAAACUGGGGACAAUAUCCUCGGAGAAACCGCAGUGGAUAUCGUUUUUAUUGAUGACAACUGCAAUGCGGGCUCAAUGUGUCAACAGUCAUUGACGCCCGAGUCAACAACAACGUCUUCAACAAUUACAUUUAUGAUGUCAACAACAUCAACCUCUGGUGACAGCACGGCGAGUUCAAGUACAGCAAUAACCUCUUCUGGUGCAGACAAUAAUAACGGCGAAUUUGAUACUAACCUUCUCUACAUCCUCAUUGCACCUCUUGUGGUGCUGAUCGCAGCUGUAGUGAUUGCAGUCGUCUGCUUUCGCCGAAGAGAGAAACCUAGACACCCACCUGAAGAAACUGAAACUGUGGAUGAAACAUAUGAUUUACCGAACGAUGAUGAGAUGAGAGGACAAAAUACAUACGUAACACCAACAGAUAAUUACGACAGCAUCAAAGACACUAAUCUAUGAUUACACAUGAAAAUGUGUCGAGACUUUAUUACAUUUUAUGUUACAAAUGUGAAUAUACUGAUUUAUAUAUAUAUUUGUGUGUGAGUGAUAAUGUAUCAGUUGUAUUUCAAGUCUGUAUGUAUAUACAUCUAUCUGUGUAUGUAAUGUGUAAACACAAUACCUGACGAUUUAAACUAGGUUUACAGUUGUCAGUUUCGUUUUGUACUUUAGUGUUUAUGGAAACAUGAACACUAUUAUCCUGUCUUCUGUACAAACUAUUUGUCUCUUAAAAUGUCUUUAAGCGGUAGGUGCUCUCUGAGUCAGAGCGAACUUGCAAAAUACUCGUAGUGAAAUGAAAACAGCUCUGUUGAACACAUAGUUCUGAUUAUUCUCAAGUGAGAGUGCUGUUCUU